UCGAUAGUUACGAAUUUGCAUUUUGCUCUGCGCUUGAGUUGGUCGUAAAGGCUUCGAGAACAGUCAUUAUUUACACAAAGGCGAGAACUGGGGGUGUUAUGUUUCGGUUUGGAUAGACCACUUCACUAAAUGCCAUCUGAAAUCAUCGGAUAAUCAGAGAUUUGAAAAAGAGUCAACCUUGUAGGAUUGUAUAGCAAAUUGCAGGUUGUCUCAAAGAAGUCUCAAAGAAAGGUCUCAAGACGCUCAGUUUGUGGCAGCCAAGAAGUGGUCCGUCUCUUACAUCUGCCGGAGGUAUUCCGCAUAGCAGAAUAACAAGUUCAUCACUGAAUGUUGAUAAAAAAAUGAGCCUAUACAGGAACGAGCGGAUGUAUACCGAACCUCCAAAGACAUAUGACAUCACGAAGACCAACUACCAUGGAUACAACGACGACUACUGGAGGAAGAGGAGCGAAGGUUACUCGCAAUCAUAUAGCUGGACCGACAAGAACGAAGAAAACCCCUUCUCGCCCCUCACGGAGAAAUCCUCCCCUCUAGACAAGUAUGCGUAUGACCCAGUUGAGACCAGGACGAAAUACUUCGGGGACUCAGGAUUCAAUAACAACAUGUACAAAUAUGGAGAAUUCGGCUCGAAGGACCAAGGAGCAAGGACGUACACUCUACAGGAGGAACCAAUGGACGGAGAUGACUACACCCGAGGGAAACUGUACGGAAACAUGUCAUAUGACCGGAAAUAUGAAAGAGGCUACGAGAAUGUAAAUGAACCAGACCGGUAUGAUGCGGAUCUCGAGACACGAUACAGCGUGAAUCCUGAAGAUGAUGUUAUAUUUAUUGCCAAUAGAGAGGACAGCCCAGACGACGGGGUACCCAUAAACGAGGGCGUCGGGGCCUACAAGAAUAGUGGACCUGGCGGGAGUGUCCCGGAUGGUGCCUUUAGGGACUACAGGGUUAUGAAUGGGGGCUUGUACAACGUACAUGAUGCAAAGGAACCGGAAGAAACCAGCGAAUACAUGAAUGGGCUUCACAACGGCAGAAUCGAUGAUUGUGAGGACGAAAUCACCGAGCAGAAGGAAGAAAGGAAUGAAGUAUACGCGAAUCCAGAACUAAUUGAGAGCCUCUUGGAAACCGAGCCUAAAGUGUCGUACCGACACAAGCUAGGGUAUACCAAGUUUGUUAGCGUUAUCCCUGAAGAGAAUAGAUAUGUUAGCGCGGUGAACUACCUUCCAGAGCGCAUCGAGCUGCGGCUUUGCGGUGCUCGGUAUAGCCCCAAGAAGUGUUACUCCAUCCCUGACCUCUACAACAUCGUCCUGAAGCCUCUACCCAGAGUUGAGGAGAAUGUCAACGUACAGACACAGAGCCUCGAUUAUGCGUUCGAUGAUAAGGAAGGAAUCUUGCGUUACCGACCGCCCAAGCACGACCACCUAAAGGAGAUGUACGUCACGCAAUAUACUCACAAUUUCGACUCCGAAGAGCCUAAGUCGCACAUCGCCGGCUGGAAAGUCGAUGUCGAGCCGAAUGGAAUCCCACACGAAAGGUCCCGGAUGUGUGUAAUGAAAAGCCCUGUUGUGUCCAAAUCCCGGUCGCGGCCUAAGAGGCCAAAAAGCGCACCUCCAAAGCUUUACCAGUUUGACUUCGACGAUGAAGAUGUUCGCCCGACCCAACGCGUCGACGUCGCCGAGAGCCUGUCCUCCUUCCCGAGAGGUGGCGAUGACGACGCCUCAUCGAUUGGGUACGCUCCGAGCGACGACACUUCCGACUCAUCGGCGGCGUAUUUCGGCUCGUUUCCUCGCCAUCACGAGGCAAAGUUCGGCUACAGUAGGCCGAAGCUGAUCCGACUGUCUGGCGACUUUCCAGGAAUUCGAAAUCUUGAGAAAAUGCGUCGGAAGAAGCAGAGCAUGGGAUCUACCUCUUCUGGAGCUGGAAUCGAUUCAACUUCGUCUUUCCGAUCAGGGUCUCGAUCGUUGUCGUCGCUUCCAGAGUCGAGAUCUCUGACAUCGUUGCCGCGAACUACGACCGAAGGGGAUUAUGGGUUUUCGUUCGCGUUGACGUCGCCCACUGGUGGUGAGCAGGAGAGAGGGGGGAAUGAGUACGAGUCUUACGACCCUUUCGAUGACGAAGAGAUGCUUUGAGAACGGCCUCUUUUAUCGAACAAUAUUUGAACACUCGGGAGAAUACGUAAUGAACACGUGAUAAGCACGUGAUGCACAACAUAGGGAAAUUCAUACGUGUAAAUGGUUACGAAAACAACAUUCCAUAGGGAGAGUACCUCCUCUUUUCUCCUUUGAACAGGGAGAAAAGUAAAGGAGAGUUAGCGUAGAGAUUUUCUUUCUUAAAUGGUGUCACAAGUUUAGAUGUCAAAUAAUACGUUGAUCAGCUUAACGUCCCUGCACGGGAAAUUAUUUGGGAUAACUUAUUCGGCAAAAGACCAAAGAGAAAUCAGUAGAUAGAACAUAACAACAUUCAUAGAAAACAUUGAAGCCUCCCAAAGAAUUCUGUAGAUAAAAAAUAUCAUUGCAGAAUUCAUUGGGGUGCAGUGGUACACACUUCUUUAUGGCUCGUUUCAUUUGCAAAGACAGAACACAUGAAUGCGAGUGUCCUCUGUGGCAAAUUCGGUUUCGUUAGAAUAGAGUGGUUUUCAUUAACCCGUAAAACAAGUGAUAGUCAAAGUGUGAUAGUCAGGAAAACACACAAGGAAACAAUGGAAUCAGAUCGCCAUAGAGUGUGCUAACGAGUUGAUGAAAGUCACUUUAUUUUCGUGGACAAACUAUCAGACUUACGCUUUCCUCCAAGGUUUUUAACAGCUUGAAACGAUAAAAUAUCUAUAAAAGAGUAUUGAGCGGGUGGUUGAAUAGCCCUACGAAAGCCAGGAGAGGAUAUUUUGCGGGAGUUACCUAGCUCGUGCUUAUAGACGCUCAGUGAAUGGCCGAUAGGGAGAUAAUAGUUGGCUAGCAGCUGCUAGGUAAUCUGUGAAUGGACAAGAUCAAAGAAUAGUUGACUAACUUUUGGGACAUAAGAGACAUGAGUUUUACCAUUUUACUUAAGAAAGGGGAUAUCUAUCCAAUCCCCCCCUCCCAGGCAUGUACCCGACCCUGUACUGCCAGGAGCCCAGGUUCUGCCAGGCGUCCAGUUAACUAAAGUUAACUAGCUCGACCAAGCGGUCAGUGAAAGCUGAAGUGCAACUUGUACUACUUUAUGUACAACUUAUAUGUACAAAUUAUGGUGGUUUAAUUUAUUAAGUAUUAAGUAUUAAAUUCCGGCCCAUUCGUUCGUUAACACUUGUAUGACAUGCUGUACACGUAGGUUAGACAUUAAUUGAAAUAAAGGGGACGUCUAUUGACGUA